AUGUCCCGCCAAGCUGGUCUCUGGGAAUUGGAGGUGAGGGGAGAGAGCUCCACCUCGCAGUUCAAGUCAGGAACGGCAAACCACUCUUCUCUCUGGGAUUAUCCGGCCGCUCCUCCUACCUCCGGAACCGCUCAGUACGAUCUAGGUUCCACUGCCAAUGAGAAUCACCACACAAUCGAUCAAACCUCCAUGAGUGGCAUUGGCAGCAGCACAUUGUAUAGCGCUGCUCCCGACCCUGCCAAUGGCAAUGGCGAUGUCAAAGGCAAAGGCAAAGCCCCUGUCAUCGAGCAUGGCACGUCUCUGCUGAAUUCGGGCGGCCUGCCUCCCUUGGAGCCCACAAUGGCACCGUUUCACUCCUCUGGCCACUCGGAUCACUUCUCUUUCCCCGGACACCACCACAGUAUCUUGCUCAAGACGCUCGCGCACUGCGUCCCGCCACAGGACCCCAGCUUGAUGAGUCCCUUUGCACCUGGGCAUUACUCAUAUGGCCCUCCCUCUGGUGGGCAGCCUCGCCGGCAAUUGCCAUCAAUCUUCGGACGUCAGAGUCCCGGUCACGACGGCCCAAAGUGCGGUUGCGCCAUCUGCUCCAGUGGCCCGCAAGCCAUGUGCUUCCAGCAGCAGUUGGCUCAACAGCAGGCUUCGAUUAACGCAGCCUGGGAUGAAGAACGCGCCCGCCUCGAAGCGUGUCGGGGCCGGGUAGAACUCCUGGUUCGACAAGAGGGCAGGAUCAUACUGGACCACCAUCGCCAAGAGUGGGACGAGGAAAGGGGCAAACUGCAGUCCGAGAUCGCCGCCCUACGUAGGACCAUCAAGGAACUCGAGGACGGCCACUUGCAGCUUUGCGAUGACCACAGCGAGCUCUGGGUCGAGAACGUGAAGCUUGAACAGGACAAUUCUAGGCUUCAAGAGGAAAAUUCAAGGCUCAAGGAUGCCUUGUCCAAGGCCAGAGAUGUCUCUGACCAAGCUCAAGGUGGUGGUGGUGGUGGUGGUGGUGUUGAGGGAAUUACAGUCCAUCACCACGACGUUCAGCCUGCCGUCCAUCAUCACGACGUUCAGCCUACCGUCCAUUACCACGACGUUCUGCCAAUCCAUCACGUCAACGUUCAGCCUGCCGUCCAUCACGACAAUGUUCAGCCUACCAUCCAUCACCACGACGUUCAGCCUACCUUCACCAACCCUUUUGAGCACGCCGCCAGCCCACAAGGUGAUAGACCUAGGGGGUACCACGGCGGUCGGGGCUUUCGCGCGUCAUGGACCGCUGGGACUGGCUCGACCUCCUGGUCUGCCUCCGGUGGCGGCCGUUUGAGGUCGUCGUGGCCUGUCCAGGCACCGACACGCGCCACAUCCCGCAGUCCGCCGCCUGCGGGCAUCCUGGCGCCUCAGGAUCCAGGGCGUAUAGCAUUGCCAUCCAAAAGAUGGAGAGUACCCAUGGCUCUUCAACCUGAGCCGCUGUAUGCAAACUCGCCCUCGCCAAUGCCCCGCUCCCUUUCGGCCUCACCCGCUCCGUUCUCUCCGGCCACACCAAUACCCCGUUCUCGUUCGGACUCACCCGCUCCGUUCUCUCUGGCCACACCAGUACCCCGUUCCCGUUCGGGCUCACCCGUGUCGUACCAUCCGGUCUCCCCAAAGAUUCCUUUCCGGAAGUCGCCCUCUUACUGUCCGGCCUCACCAAGCCAGUAUCGUCCCCGUUCGAAAUCGCCCUCUUGGCGUCCGGCCUCACCAAUUAUGGUCUCAGGCUCGAGCUUGGACAUCCCCGAGAGAAGCCCCAAGAGAAGCCCCAAGCGGCGGCGUUCCGUCGUGGAUGUCAACGAGGUCGAGGCGGGACUUGACGGAAUACCUCUCAGGGCAAACACUGUCCGAAGAGCUACCUUUGCGCACAAUACCCCAGGGGGUGCCCCUCCGCUCAAGAGGCAGCGAAGCUUGUCCCAGGAGUACUGCAUCGUCGACAACCCGUUCGGCAAUGAUGAUGAAGAGGGAGACGGAGAGAGGGACAAAGAGGAGGUGCAACGACUCAAGAUGCACGCCGGGCACACUCCUCCACGGUCACCCCCUAUGCGCCACAGCCAGGGCAGCCCAACCCCGAUUGCCCCCUCUUCCCCGCCGGAGCCCAAGUCGGUCAUCAUCGGUGAAACUGAGAUGGCGGAGGAUUCGGGCGACGUGGCGCUUACAGGCCCCCUGAUGAUUCAGAACGAUCCUGCUGAGGAUGAAAGUUUCCUGGCCGCUUUAAACGAGAAACUCGGGCCGAUCAGCCAGGGAGUUGAUGCCCUCCCCAGGGCGGUGCAGCCUCCAAUUGCGAUGCCAGUACCAGUGUCGGCUGUGCAAGGCGAGCGCAUUGUUCGCUGGGUGGAGCCGUGGUAUCCCCCGAUUCCCGAGGGCAAGAAGCUCUCAAACCUCCAAUCGAAAGAUGGAGAAAGUGACAAUACACCACACGCCAAUGAGGACGAUGAUGGCAGCGACGAGGCGACUACAGUCGCGGAGCCUGAAGUCCCCAUCAAGUUCAGGUCCACGAGCAACUUUGGGGCGCCCUUUGGGAGGAUGUAG